AUGGCAGGCCCAAAAAUUGCCUGUAUCGGCGUGAUUGGAAAGGCAGAUAACCCUCUUCACAUCUCGCUGUUCCCCCCGUAUACGGAUUCAACUAUCGAAUUCUCCUUCUUAUUGAAUUCAUGCCUCGAUAUCUUCGACAUCCGGUGCAAACAAACAUCCAUUGAUCAGGAUCUAGGCCUGUUACAUGCAAUUGACGAACGACUCGCGGCCUAUGGUUGGCUGACGACCACGGGAAUAAAAUUAUUGAUCAUCGUGGAUUCUUUUGGCCAGGAAGAGGCCAGUGCUGGAAAGCAGGCAGGUCCUGCGAUCAAUGGCUUGAGGGAUUCUGAUAUGAAACCGGCAUUCCGCGCUCUACAGAGUGCGUAUAUUCAGCUUUUGCAGAAUCCUUUCUAUUCCCCCGACGAUCACGUACCGAUUCCCGGGAACAAACCUGCCUCCGUGUCCGCCUGUCAGCCAAUCUCUAAUCAAAAGUUCAUUGCGGAUGUAAAACGCAUUGGCGAUACAUGGGCUCCAGGUGCGACCAUGUAG